GAAACACGAUUUUAAAACACUCUAAUAUCCUGUGCGUGUGUGUGUGUGUGUAGUGGACCCAGAUGGGCGUAAGUUGAAGGGCGCUAUCCAGAGGAGCACGGAGACUGGCCUGGCAGUGGAGAUGCCCAGUCGGCCGCCGCGGCAGGCCAGCCACGAGUCCAUCGAGGAGAGCAUGAACAGUUACGGCUCGGAGGGCAACCUCAACUACAGCGGGAUGUGCCUGGCCUCUGAUGCCCAGUUCAGCGACUUCCUGGACGGGAUGGGACCGGCCCAGUUUGUCGGCCGGCAGACGCUGGCCAUGACGUCCAUGGGUGAUGUGGAGAUCGGCCUAAUGGAGAGGAACGGAGGUCUGGAAGUGGAGGUGGUCCAGGCUAGAGGACUCACCAUGAAAAUGGGCUCCAAGGGGCCCCCCGCGGCCUACAUCAAAGUCUACUUGCUGGAGAAUGGCACGUGCGUGGCCAAGAAGAAGACCAAGUCGGCCAGGAAGUCUCUGGACCCUCUUUACAACCAAGUGCUGGUCUUCUCUGAGAGCCCCCAGGGGAAGGUGGUCCAGCUGAUCGUUUGGGGCAAUUACGGGCGCAUGGGGCGCAAGUGCUUCAUGGGGGUGGCCCGCAUCCUCUUGGAGGAGCUGGACCUGAGCAGCAUGGUGAUUGGCUGGUACAAGCUGUUCCCUACCUCGUCCAUGGUGGAGCCCACCAGCGCGCCCCUCAUGCGCCACUGCUCGCAGUUGUCACUGGAGAGCGCUGUGGGUCCCUGCUGCGAGCGCCCCUGAGACAUUCGGCACAGGAGCCAUCUGAGUGGCGGACUUUGGACUCGCCGGGGCUUCCCGCCGCCUCCUGUUUGGACCAAGGCGACGCUGCAGGCUCAGCAUCCCGAUUUCACGUCGUCUCCUUCCGCAGCGUCGUCGGCAUCCUCUUCUGUUAGCGCAAAGCUUCGCAAGCAUUUCGGGAGCUUUCCGAGGAUCCUCCUCAACAUCCUCACGCCAGGUAAUGUGCACCCCCAAGUACAGUAGCGAAGUUGACCAUUUGCAAGAAACUCAUGUUCCAAUGACAUAUUACAAUUCACAAAAAGCUAAUUCUCCAAAGUGAUAAAACCCAUUGAGAAAUAAAACAACUAAAGCAAUUGACACAUUAACAAUUUAUAAUUUCAUUAGAAAAAAAAAUCUAUUGAAAUGUUUGAAAGUAAAAGGUCAUACUGUUUUUAGACAGAAAAAGUUGUAAACAGUAUAAAACAAAGACGUACUUUGUUGAGGUAUAAACUUGCAAUCUUACAAGCGCAACAUUCCGUUGCAAUAUUAACAACUUGACUUGCAAUAUUAAAAAGGUUAAAAGGUUUUCAAAGGGAAAAAGACCUCAUUGCAUAAGUGGAUUUAAAAUAGACAUGAUUUUACAGGACAUUACAAAAGUUAAUACAAUUGCAGUCAAAGUUAAUGAAAAGGGACUCAUAUUUUAAAAAGUAAAUACGUUCACCAAAUGAAAUCCAAACAACCAAGGUUGCAAAAAUAUAAAACUAACUUACAAAGGUUGAAAAUGUCAUUAAACAGGGAAAAAAUGAAUGUAAAAAAGAAAGCAAAAAAAAUUACAAAAUCAAAACAAAGUGUUUGCUAACACUAGCCGUGCUCGUGACAUUUGCCCCAGAAUAUUCAUUCCACUCGUGUGUUUUGUUUGACGAGCAAACGUGGAGCACUUCGAAAGCUUGUCAGACAGUCUUGUAGCUUAAUCGUAAACAUCGUCUACUUGUUUUGAUUUUGGCUAAUCGUUGCACACGUGCCAUCUUUGACCAGAAAGUGUCUUUCUUCACUUCAUUGCAAGGUAGCAUCACCUUAAUGGAAAGGCUUGAACAAAUUGGUCAUUUAGCCAUUAGCUUGACGUUAGCAUGAGGAGAGGAUUUAAUUUUUGCCACCUUACGUGGUGUAAAUAUUGACAACUGUGAGCCAAAGGAUUCAGCCGGUGGCCAUGGAAACUGUAGCUCGCAAUGUUAGCCGCUAGCAUCUGCAUGCAGUCUAAGGCGCAGUUAGCACGCAGUGCUGAGGGAUCAAACACAAUGUAGCAUAUUUGUUUGCCACUUUAUUUUUUAUUGAUUAAAACAUGCAAAAGUUUGGGAUCCUUCCAAGGAUUCGAUUUUAUUUUUUAUUUUUUAAAUUAAGUUUUGUCCUCAGGUUUGUCAGUAGCAGUACUGCAGGGAAAUUAUUGUUGUUGUUAUUAUUAUUAUUAUUAUUAUUAUUAUUACAUUUUUACAUAAAAAAUCAUAGGCUACAUUGUGAGAAGCAAUAAAAUCCCGAAGCUGCCAUCAUCAAGGCAGUUUUUCGAAGCGAUUUAACAUCCGCCCCCAUACUAACAUGCUAGCCCGUAAC